AUGGCAUCUCAAGAUCGAGGGUAUACUAUUUUACUAUCGCACCUUCAUGAUACGUCGUCCAAACUCCCCCUUUCGACACUUCAAGGAGCUCUAGCACACCAUCUGGCGACUGCAUGGCCCCUUCCAACAGCUUUGGCGGCAACAGCCAUAUCUUCUCCUUUCUACUUGUCACAACCUUUUACCUAUGAUAAAUUACAGUCAUUUUCGACCGCUUUCCGACAUGGAAUACAUCUUAAAUACCGAGCUUUGACUGAAGCGGCGAAGACGCGUUCAACAGUCAGCACGCUUCUUGGAAGGAGCCUCCAGACAACAAUGAGUCAGUGGGUUUCGGAUGUGCUCAAAGGUGUUCAAGGCGGACAUCCUGUGUUGAGGCUUGCCUCGUGUUCUGGACUGCUUCUGGGGGUUGAGGACUUGAAAGUCGGACAGAAGGGCGAGAAGAAAGAGGGUGUGGACAUUGGGAGCGCGAGGUCGGGAGUAGAAGAUGAGACGGUCGUUUCUCUCGCCGAAGUCAUGGAUACGUAUGCUCAUGGUUUCAGCACUUCUCCGUCUUCGAGCGGAAUUGAGGAAUGGGAGAAAGAGUUCCAACCCGCAGGUCAAGAUAUCCUGUCAUUGGUUCUGAUUCUUGCUUCCCAGUCUCUACCCCUAGUCGCACGGCAUAAACUGAAGGCACUUCCUCUGCCCAUUCUUGCCCGUCUUUUGACUUCUACGAUUUCAUCCGCCUUCAAGGCUGGAACAUUCUUGUCAUCUGUAUCCGCCUCUGUUACUCUAUCUCCAAAUCACCAAGUCCACAUAUCGCCUACAUCCCCUCUUUCUCAAACAUUGCAAUCAAUGUCAUCUUCUCCGUUGACAAAGUCUAUGGCAUCAGUUUCAAGAUUUACCGCAUAUGUUUUGGAGCUCCUCAUCGACUCACCAUCUCUAUCAAGACUGUCCGAUGGACUUUGUACUAUAUCUGAAACAUUGGACACUCUGCAAGAGCUCACCAAGGUUGUCGAACGCGAUUGGAUUGCAUGUCCAUUAGCAAGCUUCACGGAUCUUGAUAUUGCAUCGGAUUCGAAGGCUAUUACCAAGUCGAUAUGGAUGACCCUGAAAACCCUUCUUUUUACCACCAUCAUGCUGACCGAUUCGGUGCUUUCGGCGGCCAUUUACCUAUCGCCUCAAUCCUUCGAGGUCACCCCUGCUUCUUUGGCACUGCAAACAUUACACAUUUUAUCCCAUCUCUCUUUCGUGAUCUCAGAGUUCGGGGGUGUUACUACGACAUCUCAAGGUUUCGAACAACUGAAGAAAACCUUUUAUCUCGCCCUAGAUAUACUUGCUCAAGGCGAUGGAGCAACUGGGGAUUCUGGUCUCAAGGCCGAGGCCUAUGUCCAACAAAUAUGCUUCACUCUUAACUCUCAAAGGGCGGAAAGUGCGGCAACAUCCCCACGCCAAGCCAAGCAGGCUUUUGUACUCGCAAGUAUUGAGCAGUUAGUCCCAGUUUUAAGUGAUAAAUGCAUCAGAGACUGGGUAUGGGGCGUAUGCUAUCCGCAUCUUUCCGACCCAUCUCAUCGGGAGACGUAUGAGUCUGCUCAUUCGGUCAUCCUUGCCAUAUUUGCAUCGCACGCUCAGCGUCAACAGCAAUACCUUCCCGGAAAUCAGAGUACCGAACCAGUUCAACUGUCUCCAAAGGACUCGGGUGGCUCUUUAGGCAAACAAAAGCCCAUGAUUGAGCAAUCUUUUGCUGCCAGGGUGUUAUCAAGUGUGAUUAGCUCUGAUAACGAGAACAAAAAUGUCGGACCCGAGGCGGAUUUUGCGACUAGUACAAACCAGGAAUCUGUUCUCUCAGCAACGUUUGUGAAGCGCAUGAUUCCAUUCUACGCUUCGUGCCUGAUUGACAAUUCGGUGGAUGGGAAGCUUAGCACACCACAGCUACGGCUGGCAUAUUCGGCUCUUGUGCGGAGUGCCAGCGUGAGCGCAAGCACUGUCACCUCAGAUGAACGACCCGAUGAUUCAUAUACACUCGCCUGGUACUGCAUCCAAUUAAUUUUGGAUACGAUUCAUGAACUAUCGCCUCUACCAAAAGAUGCGAAAGGUAAAGGAAAGGCACGAUCUGACGACAAUGACCAAAAUGCCGAACGACUGUAUCGACUACACUUGGUGUUGAUCUCGACCGUAUCCUCAUUACCUCUUUCUCUGAUACUGCGAGCUCUGGAUCGAAUUCGGUCAUUGAUCUUGGAAUACCCCCAAGACGAUACUCGCGACACUACUACUCCGGAAGGAAAAGGAAAAAAGGCCGAAUUGGUAGCUGCCCUCUUCAGUGAAUUGCUUGAGAAGACUGGAGAUCGCGAGAAGGAAGCUGCGAUGCGAUGGUGGUAUAAACACCGGCCGAUGCUUAUCGCAGAAGCCAAGGUUCAGGAAGAAGAUGGAAGGCCAGGAACGCUCCUGUCAUGGUUCAAGGGCCUGAAGGGGAAUGACAAUGGGAGUGGUGUGAAGGACACUGGGGAGAGAGAGCCCCAAUCGGAGACCCCCAUUUUAUCGCGUUUAUGA